UCCACCUGUCUGUCUGUAGGUUUUAAUGUGGAGACAGUGGAGUAUAAAAACAUCAGUUUCACAGUUUGGGAUGUUGGAAGUCAGACUGUCAUCAGACCUCUGUGGAAACACUACUACACCAACACACAGGGAGUGAUAUUUGUGGUGGACAGUAACGACCCUGAGAGGAUUAAAGAGGCUUCUGAAGAGCUGCACAUGAUGCUGGAGGAGGACGAGCUGAGGGGCGUGGCUCUGCUGGUGUUUGCCAACAAGCAGGAUCUGCCCAGAGCCAUGGCCGUCGGUGACAUCACCGAGGCUCUCGGCCUAUCACGGCUCUCCAACCAGUGGUUGGUCCAGGCGUCCUGUGCGAUCAGCAGCUCAGGUCUGGUCGAGGGUUUGGAUUGGCUCUCCAGCCAGGUAGCGAGACGAUAGAAGAGGACAAACAAACCCUGCCGGCCUCGAGCACGAGGGAGCCUCUGCUGCCUCAGCCCAACCUGCUGGCUCCCAUUUUUUGGAGGACAUUAAACGUCUCGUUUCUUGUUAUUUUCCUCUUUUGAAUUGGAAAGUAGCGUCUGCAGUAAACUUUUACACAGUAACCUUACGCCAGGAGGAAACAACACCAACAAACAGGAUCAUCACAAUAUAAACAAGAAAACAAAUCCAGGUACCGUCUUCUGAGGACAUUAAACAUAUUUUGUCUCGUUAUUUUCCUGUUUGAACUGGAAAGUAGAUCCGGCAGGAAGCACCUGAAGGAGGCUUCCGCAUAGUAACCUUGCACAUAAAACAGCACCAACAAAGAAGAUUAUGA